AGUUCGCUAUAAAUAUCUAGCUUCCCAUUGUAUUCAUGUUUCAUACAAUUUUGUCUACUUGUAAUAAGAAUGAAAAUCAAGUUGUUUAUUGCCUGGUACUUUUGGGCACUGCUUCUUAUCUAUGUCACGACAACCGAGCCUUAUGAAUAUGGGAAACAAUUUGAUGAAACAGAAGAAUCAAAGACAAACACCAGGGUUGAUGGCCAUGCAAUCUGGCCAGGUGGAGGUGCAGUCUGGCACGACCCCUAUGAAAACGCAAACAAAGGAGGUGAUGAAAAUACAAACAGAGGUGGUUGUGGAAUCGUCAUAAAUUUUUCUGGUGGUGAUAAAUGUGGCGGAGGUGGAAACGUCGUAAACUUUCAUGACGGUGGAAAAGGGAGCGGCAAUGGAAAAUAGAUGGGGGAUGCAAGUAAAGCAUUAGAAAAUCCUUCACGGUAAACUAGACACAUAUACAUGUAUGUUGUAUCUCAUGUUGACACGAUACAAAUGUCGUAAGAAAUAUAAAAUAAAUAUUGGUGUGACAUGCUAAA